CCUCUCCCAAAGGAUGCCCUAUCAUUGGCUAAGACGCUGGCAGUCACCUGAAGAACGGCCUGUGAUUGGUUGUGGGAGGGCUGGAGUUCCAUGCGCUAAGUAGCAGCUGGCUUUGUGCGUGCGCUUCGGCCCCGGCAUGGCUGUGAUGGGGGUGCAGCUGGUGGUGAGCCUGCUUACGGCCAGCAUCAUGCAGAAGAUGUCCCCGCACUGCUCCUUCGCUCGCUGGCUGCUCUGCAACGGCAGCCUGUAUCGCUACAAGCACCCUUCGGAGGAGGAGUUGUGCACCCUGGCUGGGAAGCAGAAGCCCAAGGCCAAGCGAGACCGGAGGCUGAAUGGGGUCGCAGAGGAUAAGCCCCUGUCAGUGCCCAAGGACAUCAACCUGCACUUGGAGACCACCCCAGUAACCACAGUGGAUGCUCUUGUGCUGCGCUAUUUCCUGGAGUACCAGUGGUUCGUGGAUUUUGCCGUCUACUCUACCCUCGUCUAUCUUUUCACUGAAGGCUACUACUGUCUGGUGGACCCUCAGAAGGAGAUGAAUGUUGGCAUCCUGUGGUGCCUGCUUACGGUCAUCUUCUCCUUCAAGAUCUUCUUCAUGGUGAUGCACCAUUACUUCCGCUCAGAGGAGGGGGGCGAGCGCUCUGUCUGCCUCACCUUCGCCGCCUUCUUCCUCCUCAUCGCCAUGGUGGCGCUUGUCGUGCGGGAGGACUACUUGGAGUUCGGCCUCGACUCGGGGCUUGCCAAUGUCAGUGAUAACCUGGAGAUUUUCUUAAAGCAGCGAGGAUGGGAAUGGACAGUUCCCAUCACCAAACUGACCUUCAAGCUGGGGCUGGUGGCCCUUUGUUCGUUCAUUGGCGCGUGUCUGACGUUCCCGGGGUUGCGACUGGCGCAGACUCACCUGGACGCUCUGAAGAUGGCUGCGGACAGGCCAAUGACCCAGAUCCUGCUCCAUGCGAGUUUCCUGGCACCCCUGGUCGUGGUGCUCAUGUGGAUCAAGCCCAUUUCCCGGGACUUGCUGCUUCAUGCACCCAUGGGGAAGCAAACGGUCCAGAUCAUGUCGGACUCUGCCUACAACUCUACGCGCCUCUGGACCAUUGUCGCCCUCUGCCUGCUGCGCCUGGCCAUGACGCGCCACCACCUGCAGGCCUACCUCCAGCUGGCGGAGCGCUGGGUGGAGCAGAUGAAGAGGGAAGCUGGGCGCAUCACCGCCCUGGAGAUCCAGCGCAAGGUCGCAAGGAUUUACUGCUACGUCACCGUGGUCAGCCUGCAGUACCUGGGCCCCAUCAUCCUCACACUGCACUGCACGCUGCUUCUCAAAUCUCUGGGUGACUACUCGUGGGGCCUGUUCCCCGAGCCCACACCCAUCUCCCUGGUGGUGGGCGCUGCACCGUCCCGUCCCGCUGUUCCCUCAGCUGAGGAGGGAGGAGAGGACAUGCAGGCCACAGUGGCGCAGAUCACGGGCGUGCUGGGCGCCAUCCUUUCCCCGCUUUUCUACCGCGGACUCUUUGCCUUCCUGACCUGGUGGGUGGCCGUUUGCCAAGUGAUCACCAGCCUCUUUGGCCUCUACUUCCACCAGUACCUGGCAGCCUCCUAACCACAGCUGCAGCAGGACCCGGGCG